AUGUCCGCAGCAGUUACUGCCACCUCAACAAAUGCUCCCGGCGUUCCUGGAAUGUCAAAUCCCGCAACACAACUCACUCUUGAGCAGCAGCAACUUGCUGCUCAACAGUUUGGUGUAGGUGUUGCAGCCCCUCAAGCCUCUGCCUCGCUUUACGUCGGUGAGCUGGAUCCCUCCGUCACUGAGGCUAUGCUUUUUGAAAUGUUUAGUAGUGUCGGUCCAGUCGCAAGUAUUCGUGUGUGUAGAGAUGCCGUUACCAGAAGAUCUCUUGGAUAUGCGUAUGUCAAUUUCCAUAAUACCAUUGAUGGUGAACGUGCUCUUGAAACUUUGAAUUAUACUGUUAUCAAAGGAAAACCCUGCCGUAUCAUGUGGUCACAACGUGAUCCUGCCCUUCGCAAGACCGGUACCGGAAAUAUUUUCAUCAAAAAUCUCGAUAAGGCGAUUGACAAUAAAGCCCUUCAUGAUACAUUUACCGCCUUUGGAAAUAUUUUAAGCUGUAAGGUCGCCAUGGAAGAUGGUUCAUCUAAAGGCUAUGGUUUCGUUCAUUAUGAAACUGCCGAAGCUGCAGAAAACGCUAUUAAGCAUGUAAACGGAAUGUUACUUAAUGAUAAGAAAGUAUAUGUUGGCCAUCAUAUUCCUAAAAAAGAACGUCAAUCUAAGCUUGAAGAAAUAAAAGCCAAAUUCACAAAUAUUUAUGUUAAAAACCUGGACACUGAGGUCACAGAAGAGGAAUUCCGUAAUCUCUUCAAAUCUUUCGGAAAGAUCACAUCCGCUGUUAUUGCCACUGAUGAAGCUGGCAAUUCUAAGGGAUUCGGCUUCGUUAAUUAUGAGAAUCAUGAUGAAGCAGCAUAUGCGGUAAAUGAGCUUCACGACACAGAAUUGAAAGGCAAGAAAUUAUUUGUGGCCCGUGCUCAGAAAAAACAUGAACGCGAAGAGGAACUACGAAGACAAUAUGAGCAGGCUAAAAUGGAAAAGUUAAACAAAUAUCAAGGUGUCAAUUUGUACAUAAAAAACCUUGAAGACGACAUUGAUGAUGAGAAAUUGCGUCAAGAGUUCUCUGUCUACGGUGUUAUUACAAGUGCAAAGGUGAUGAGAGAUGAGAGAGCGCAGUCUAAGGGGUUUGGUUUCGUCUGCUUCUCGUCUCCUGAUGAAGCUACCAAAGCAGUAACCGAAAUGAAUGGUCGCAUGAUCGGCAAUAAACCAAUUUACGUUGCUUUAGCUCAAAGAAAGGAUGUACGAAAAUCUCAAUUAGAAGCUCAAAUUAAUCAGAGGAACCAAAUUCGUAUGCAACAAGCGUCAGCUGGAAUGGGUGCCGGUGCCUAUGGAAUGCCUAUUGGAUAUGCACAUCCAGGCUCAUAUGGAAUGAGGUCUGGCCGCCCCGCACCUUUUUACGGUCAAGUUAAUAUGAUUAAUGCCGUUCCUGGUACGACACCAAACCUUCGUGCCAAUAAUUUUGGAGGAAUUGUCAAUCGCCCUAAUGGAAGACCACAAAAUAAUCCUCCUCAGAACACUGGUCGCGGAAACCCCAAUGCUAAUCGCAGCAUUAGAAACCAAUAUCAGCAAACACCCAAACAACAUAAUCAAUUCAGUCAAAAUAGUCGUGUCAGCAAUGGACAAGGACCAUCUAACACACGCAAUACCGUUCCUGCCGUACAAAGUUCUUCAGCUUCUAUGAGCUCAGUCUUUGAUAAUCGCAACAUUAUUGGUGCUUCUCACGAAGCGCAAAAACAAUUGCUUGGUGAGCAAUUAUUUCCUAAGAUUUCGGCACGCCAACCACAAUUGGCUGGUAAAAUUACUGGAAUGUUGUUGGAAAUGGAUAAUUUUGAGUUGGAGCAUUUACUUAAAAAUCCUGGCGCUCUAGAUGCUAAGGUCGAAGAAGCUGUUACCGUGCUGAGACAACACCAAAUGGCUACUGGCCAGGACUUUCCCCAAUCUGAUUAA